CUUACAGCUCCGUUUGUGAAUUUGUUGCGUCUAGAUUUGACGUGCGACAUUUUCAGCUUAGAGGAACAAUCUUCAACAAGACGUGAUGGCCGCCGGCGACUCUUUACCAGUCAUCAAGACUGUUCCGGUUCCUUCAGGCAGGGAGAACUUCGAGCAGAAACGCGCUGCCAUUCUUGACGAACUGGCCAACACAGUACCUGCAGAAUUUCGCAUUCCUCGCCACUAUAUCGACAAUCCUCCGCGAGACGUCACAGGCAUCCCUCGAGAAUGCGGUGUGCUGGAUCAAACAGACCUCGAAAUCACUGAGCAGUACGAUGUCACCGGUCUGGCCGAAGCUAUAGCAGCGAAGAAGUAUACUGCCGUUCAGGCUGCCACGGCUUUUAUCAAGCGGUCGAUCGUAGCUCAUCAGCUCAGCUGCUGCCUGAACCAGUGGUUCCCAGAGGAGGCUCUGAAGCGAGCUGAAGGGCUCGACCAACAUCUUGCUCGUACUGGCAAACCUGUGGGGCCUUUGCAUGGCGUCCCUAUCAGCAUCAAACAACAUUUUCCCCAGGCAGGAACAUGGUCAGAUUUGGGCUUCCUUGCGACAAGGCAAUAUGAUGAGGAGGACUGCAUCAUUGUUGGAAUUCUACGGAAGCUCGGAGCAGUUUUCUAUUGCAAGACAAAUCAGCCCCAGGGUAUCAUGCAUAUCGAAGCUGAUGGCUACCUCGGCCGCACACUCAAUCCUCAUAACAUCCACCUCAGCUCUGGCGGCUCGUCAGGUGGCGAAUCUGCUUUAAUCGCACUGCGAGGCUCCAUCAUGGGACUUGGCUCAGACAUCGGAGGCAGCAUUCGAGUUCCAAGUGGGUUCACCGGAAUCUGGGGCCUGAAACCUACUGCCAACACACUGCCUGGUCGCGAUAUGCUUCAUCACGGCAGUCCAGCCGAGCUCAACGUCCUCGCCACAUCAGGGCCCAUGUGCCACUCACUUCGCGACGUCGACCUCUUCAUGCGCGAGGUUCUUGCCACAAAACCGUACCUUCUGGAACCACAGGUCGUUCCAAUUCCAUGGACUGGCCUCGCAACCAGUACCGACUUCUCGUCUUCCAAGCCUCUCAAGAUCGGCAUCAUGAUGAACGACGGCUUUAUUCAGCCGCAGCCACCAGUAAUCAAUGCCCUCGAGGAAGCAAAGAAACGACUGGAAGCAUCUCCUCUCUUCGAAGUCAAGCCAUUCACCGCUUACAAGACCGAAGAAGCCUAUAGUAAGCUCUUACAGAUCUACUAUCCUGAUGGCGCGAAGAAAGUACACGAGCUACUCGAAUCGAGUGGUGAGCCUGUGCAUAAGCUGACACCACCUGCUGGGUUUAUCGAGCCUAUUAACGACGGUGAUGGCAUCUCCAAAGUCCGCCUGUACCGCGACCAAUUCAGAGCUGCAUCUUCGAGACACUGGGCUUCUCAAGAUGUCGACCUCGUCCUUUGUCCGAUGCAUGUUGGUCCGGCGUCCGCGCACGACACUGGCGCUUAUCUGAGUUAUACCACCGCGUGGAACUUCUUGGAUUGCCCCGCAAUAGUCUUUCCUAGUGGGAUCCGAGCCGGAAAGAAAGGCACUGAGCAUUAUGCCGAUGAUGGAAAGCCUUGGAAUGAUUCUGAUGCUGGAGUUCGAGCUUUGUGGGAGAAGAAUGAUUAUGAAGGUGCUCCGAUUGCUUUGCAACUUGUUGCGAGGAGACAUCAUGAUAAUUUCUUGGUGGCUGCUGUUGGGUUGAUGCAGGAGGCUUUGCAGCUCAAGUAGAAAUUCAUAAACCGGCGACCGAGGUAUCGUCUAUCAACU